AUGGGACAGCGUAGGUGUGGAAGGCCUCUUCACAGGACAUCAAAGAUCAUUGGUGGAGAAAAUGCUAAGAAGGGAGAAUUUCCGUUUUUGGUGUCUCUGAGAGGACCCGAAGAGCCUCGUGCUGUCGAGAUGCUUCAUAAAUGUGGAGCCGUCCUCUUAAACGACCGAUGGGUCAUGACCGCAGCGCAUUGUGUCUUCGAAUAUCGCAGGAAGAAGCAUUUAGCCCUUCUACGAGUCCGUCUUCUUGAGCAUGACUUGUCUUCUGGGACUGACCACAAGGAUUUCAAAGUGGAAAUGUUGGUCACUCAUCCGCUCUACCAACAACCCCAUCAGAUGAGCAAUGACAUCGCUCUUCUGAGGUUAGAAGCGAUGGCCGGACAAGAGGCUUGGCCAGUUUGUUUACCACGCCCAGACGAGAAUAUUACGGGUUUGAACGCAACAGUAGCUGGAUGGGGGCAGAGUUUUAAAGAAGGAACUUACUUUAGAAAAGACAUUUUGCAAAAAGUCGUAGUUCCUGUCCUUUCAAAUGGAGAUUGUGUUCAAAUGUAUGGUGAAGCGGGUCAUAUAUUUCCUUUGGAGGAAAAUCAAGUAUGCGCAGGUUACAGAGAAGGUGGGAGAGAUUCAUGUCAAGGAGAUUCGGGAGGUCCACUUUUCGUCAGUGAUGAUAGAGGCCAGAUCACGGUCAUCGGCUUAGUGUCGGCAGGAAUCAAGUGUGGCAGUCCUCUGUUACCUGGCAUCUACACCAGAGUUCAGUCGCACCUCGAGUGGAUAGCGGAACAAAUGCAAGGCUAA